UCCUUUGAGGGCAAGCUUCCUCCUCGCUAUCAUCGAUCUCUGCGCGGCUCUCUUCUCAGAAUGGCCAGUGAAGCAGUGGCUGUGAAGAUUCAAGAGGGAGUUGGUGUUGAUGCUGUUGUCCCUGCUGCCCCUGAGACAUCUGCUCAAAGGAAGAUACUGCUUAAGUCUGCUGAAGGGGAGGAGUUCUUGGUGGAUGAAUUGCUUGCUAGGGGAUCUAAAAUGAUUAGCAACAUGAUUGAUGAUGGAUGUACCGAGGGUGGCAUUCCUCUGCCUAAUGUGACUGCUCCUGUGCUUUCGAAGGUUUUGGAGUACUGGAAACACCAUGUCGGGAAGAGCGAGACUGAUAAGGAUGCUGGGGAAUUUGACAGAGAUUUUGUGAAAGACACGUCGAGCAGUGUGUUAUUUGACGUCAUAAUGGUUGCAAACUAUCUUGAUUGCAAGCCAUUGCUUGAUCUCGCUUGCCAGGCUGUCGCCGAUGCUAUCAGGGACAUGAAUGUUGAGCAAGUGAGGGGUUUUUUUGGUAUCACAAAUGACUUCACUCCUGAUGAAGAGGCAGCGGUCCGAGAAGAGAAUAGGUGGGCAUUUGAUUGACAUUGUUGCAGUUUGAUUUAUUAGAGAACUGAUGGUGCUUGUUGUUCAUUGGUUUCUGGGUUGUUUUAGUGUAGGUUUUUGUGAGCUGUUUAGAGAUGGAUGUUUGGGAAUGGUUUCAAUAAAAGUUUAGCUUGAAAUAAUGCAAAUUUGAUUA